ACAAUAUUUAUGUUUAUAAGCGCUCUGGCACCAAGCACCCCAAUGAUAGAAGAACCCCGAUAGGAAUAGUUUUAGACGUAAAAAAAAGUUUGCCUUGGAAUAAAAAAAUAAAAAAUAAAACGUAUUAAAUGAUGGUUUACUCGUAUUUUGAUACCUAAAUUACAGAAAACACAUUUUUUUACUGUGUACAGUAAAGGAAGAUUACCAAAAUGUGAUCAAGCUAGACAUUUCUCCUUUUUUUCAUGCUCUCUGCUUAACAGCAACUUUCAUUGUUAGAGGCUUGUUGGUUGACGUCACUUUUGGUUCAUGAAGCUUUGCCUUGAAGUGAAGCUGAAUAAACCUUGAGAAGAAUCUCCUUCAAUCUGCUGCAAGGAACUAAACAGACACACACACAUAGAGGGAGCACAAUUACACCCUCUUCCUUUAUGUCCUUUCCCACCGCUCCUGGAGAAGGAGGAACAGAGAGACACACAAAAAAGAGACUGGGAAGAAAGCAAAUAACCUUCCAUCACUUCUUCCUAAAAAAAAAAGUCCUAAAUCUCAGCAUCCGGAGAAGACCCCACGGCAUUUCUGAACAGAAGCUUUGAAAACAGUGAUGUCAUAGAAGGAAUACAUUCUUUACAAUAUGGAGUCUGCUGAGAGGUUAACAGCACCAACUCCAUCAUCAGCAACUUCUUCCUCGCCUGCAACACCAUCUGUAGCCGCAGUGGUAUCUAAAGGAGGCCUCUCUUCUGGUGUUACACCUCUGAGCUCUACAAUCACUGCCUGUGGGCACUUAUUUCGAACAUCUGGAGAUCAGCCGUUCAAUCUAUCGAGUGCCUUUCCAAUGGUCAGUCACCCUAUCUUCGGGCUACAUGCAGCCAGCUCAGGGCAUUCUGAAUUUGGUGGUUUGGGGACACUUGGUACACCCACAGCCUUGGCAGCACACCCACAGCUGACACCCUUUCCAGAAUGGUGGCGUACGACUGAUGCACACACUCGUGCUGCCUUUUUCCCCCCACUGCUCGGAAUCCCUCCUUUGUUCUCUCCUCAAGCCCAGAACCAUGACUCUUCUUUCCAUCUCCGAAAAUCUACAAAAAAUGGUCGUGUGGGAGCUGAGAAAGGUAUAAAUGGAUCUAUGAAUGGAAGUAGCCCAACUCUAGUGACAAGCAACUGCACAUCUGUAUUAUCAACCACUACCGCAAGUACUGUAGGACAAGUAAAGACUGUGAGCUCAGGAGGAUCAGGUGGUCGCUCAUGUAAACAGGAACAGAGCAAAUCUGAUAAUAGAAGUGAAAAACCUAAAGAUAAGCAAAAACAGAGAAAGAACGUUGAAAGCUCCAGUGACAGCGAUUCUGGUUCAUCUUCUGAUACAUCUAGUGAAGGACUAAGUAGCAGUGAUUCUGAGGAUUUGGAGGAUGAAGAAGACCAAAGUAUUGAAGAGAGUGAUGAGGAUGAUUCUGAUUCAGAAAAUGAAGCACAAUCUAAAAACAAAAGCAAGGUGCUAAUACAAAAUUUAUCAGACCUGAAAACUAAUGGAAGCAAAACAGAGAAGCCCCAUGAGAAAAGAACACACCAGCAGAUACCUCUUCUUUCUGACACCCAGACUCGCUUACCAUUCCAGUCCCAGCAAAAACAUUCUCAGGUUUUGUCUCAGCAUCUUCCCUUUGUUUUCCAAAGCACUCAGGCCAAGGAGGAGGCUGUGAACAAACAUACAAGUGUAAUACAGUCUACUGGAUCGGUCUCUAAUGUGAAGCCUUUGUCUAUGGUAAAUCAGUCCAUUAAGGAGUUAGGUUUGAAAUUAGAAGCCCCCUCUUCUGAAGGACUCAAAGCUGGGAAAAAAAAUACCUCUGAAGAAUCUAAUGCUUUACCCAGUGACUUGAGAAUAAAAAGGGAUCAACACAAACUAACAUUCCCAUCACAGUUAAACAAGCCACAGGAGGGUUCCAAGCACCAGAAAAAGGUUAUUACAACAUUACCGGUUUCCAGCCCUGCUCCUAGCCCUUUAGGUCACCAACCAACAUCUUUAGAGAACAAUCACUCUAACCCAUUCUUGACAAAUGCACUGAUAGGUAACCACCAACCAAAUGGAGUAAUCCCUUGCAUGAUGCAAGAUGCUCCCUUAGCACUUACUACAAAAUCAAAGAGCCAGAGUAAAAUAAAUGAGAACACUGUUACUUCUGCUGGCUCUCAGUUCCUCUCCCCAUUGAAUCUGAGUUCUUGUGUGAAAAACAAUUCUUCCAGCAAACAGUCGCUUGGACCUAUAGGGUCUCCCGUAUUACAAAGUCUUUGUAAAGAGAAAGUACCAGGCAAUAAUUCUACACCAGCAAUAAAAACUUCCCAUCGACUCAGUGUUGCAAAGUCACUGCUGGAAAAAUUUAGAGGAACAGACUCAGAUAUUCCUAGUAGCAAAGAUUCUGAUGACUCAAAUGAAGAAGAUGAUGAUGAAGAAGAGGAUGAUGAAGAUGAGGACGAAGAAGAUGAAGAUGAUGAUUCUGAUAGUCAAUCAGAAUCGGACAGUAAUUCCGAAUCUGACUCUGAAGGAUCAGAAGAUGAUGAUGAAGAUGAUGAUAAAGAUCAAGAUGAAUCCGACAGUGAUACGGAGGGCGAGAAAACCCCAAUAAAAUUUAAUAAGUCUGCUCCAACUGUUAACAGCACAAGCAACAGUAUUACAGCUCACUCUUCUCCCUUAAACUUACAAGUCAUAAAAAGCCCAGGAUCUGCCUCAGCUGCACACUGUCCUGAAACUCAGUCACCAGACUUUCUGGCUACAGCUUCAUCUCUCAGCCCAAGUACACCAUGUGGUUCAAGUAAAAGGCGAAGAGUAACAGAUGAACGGGAACUACGUAUUCCCCUGGAAUAUGGCUGGCAAAGAGAGACAAGAAUAAAGAAUUUUGGGGGCCGUCUUCAAGGAGAAGUAACUUAUUUUGCUCCAUGUGGAAAGAAAUUUAGACAGUACCCAGAAGUUAUGAAGGGAAUGCAGUGGUGUCUAUUGAAAGAAGAUGAAAUUGGACCACGAUUACGAGCUAUGGAGGGGCGCAGGGGGCGUCCACCAAAUCCAGAGAAACAGCUUGCUAAAGAAGAGUCCAGAAUGAGACGUCGAAAAGGACGACCACCCAACGUGGGAAGCCCUGAAUUUCUGGUUAAUGAUGAAGCAAAGUUGUUAAGGAAGCUUCAAGCUCAAGAAAUUGCAAGACAAGCAGCACAACUCAAACUUCUUCGAAAGCUUCAAAAGCAAGAACAAGUUCGAUUAGCUAAGGAAGCAAAGAAACAGCAAGCCAUUAUGGUUGCUGAAGAGAAACGAAAGCAGAAAGAACAAAUAAAGAUACUGAAACAACAGGAAAAAAUCAAGAGAAUUGAGCAAAUAAGAAUGGAAAAAGAACUUCGUGCUCAGCAAAUCUUAGAGGCUAAAAAGAAAAAGAAGGAAGAAGCGGCAAAUGCCAAAAUAUUGGAAGCCGAGAAACGAAUAAAGGAGAAGGAAAUGAGAAGGCAGCAAGCAGUUCUUCUGAAACACCAGGAGUUGGAGAGGCAUAGACUAGAUAUGGUAUGGGAAAGAGAGAGGAGAAGACAACAUGUGAUGCUAUUGAAAGCUGUGGAAGCACGUAAAAGAGCUGAAGAAAAGGAACGUUUAAAGCAAGAAAAGCAAGAUGAAAAACGGUUAAAUAAAGAACGCAAACUCGAGCAGCGAAGAUUAGAGCUGGAGUUGGCCAAGGAACUUAAAAAGCCAACUGAAGAUAUGUGCUUAGCAGACCAAAAGCCUUUGCCAGAGUUACCCCGCAUCCCAGGGCUUGUUCUGUCUGGCAGUACAUUUUCCGAUUGUCUCAUGGUUGUACAAUUUCUGCGUACCUUUGGUAAAGUACUAGAUUUUGACUUGCACUCGGAUAUCCCCAGAUUAAAUGUUCUUCAAGAAGGUUUAUUAAAUAUUGGCGACAGCUUAGGAGAAGUACAGGAUUUAUUGGUGAGACUGUUAUCAGCUGCUGUUUGUGAUCCAGGAGUUCCACCAGGAUACAAGGCUAAAACUGCACUUGGAGAGCAUGUAAUGAAUAUUGGUAUAAACCGGGACAAUGUGUCAGAGAUUCUUCAGAUAUUUAUGGAAGCCCAUUGUUGUCCAUCUGAGCUUACAGAAAGUCUUAAGACCAAAGCAUUCCAGGCACACACUCCAGCACAAAAAGCAUCAAUUCUUGCAUUUCUGGUUAAUGAGCUAGCAUGUAGUAAAAGUGUAGUCAGUGAAAUUGAAAAAAAUAUUGAUCAUAUGUCAAAUUUAAGGAGAGAUAAGUGGAUGGUUGAAGGCAAACUUCGCAAGCUUAGAAUAAUCCAUGCAAAAAAGACAGGAAAGAGAGACUCCAUUGCAGGUGGUGAAGGAGGGGAGGAGCAAAACCCCUUAGGGACCCCUACACCAGGCAGGAAGCGCAGGAGGAAGGGAACAGACAGCGACUAUGAUGAUGAUGACGAUGAAGAUAGUGAUGAGCAAGCAGAAGAUGAGGAUGAAGACGACGACGACAAAAAGGGGAAAAAGACAGAAACGUGUGAUGAUGAGGAUGAUGGGGACCAAACUGCAACAGUAGAGGAGCUGGAGAAGCAAAUUGAAAAACUGCUGAAGCAACAGAACCAGUAUAGAAAUAAACUAUUUGAAUCGUCACAUUCUUUGCGAUCAAUGAUGUUUGGUCAGGAUCGUUACAGACGGAGGUACUGGAUUCUUCCACAGAGCAGUGGCAUUUUUGUUGAAGGCAUGGAGAGUGGUGAAGGUCCAGAAGAAAUGGCAAAGGAACGAGAGAGGAAACGAAAAGCGGAGAAUCUCCAGAUAAAAGAAGAGACAUUUGAAUGUUUUGAAGAGAAAAUAAACUGUUUGAAUCAAAGUAAUGGUGAACAAAAAGACUGUAAAGAGAAGGACAGCACCAAUUUGUUUCUGCAGAAGCCUGGCUCCUUCUCAAAACUUAGUAAACUGCUAGAAGUAGCAAAAAUGCCUCCAGAAAUGGAUGUUAUAACCCCUAAAACAAAUGUUGCCCCAAAUGGAUGCUCCCUACCCUACCAUACUAUUGUAAGGAGUACACCUGUCAUCUUGCAAACAAACUCAACACAGAGGAACCCUGAAAAGACAGUUGACUUGAAUCCUUUUUCUCCUAUAGGAAGUGGGUCAGCAAAAUUCUACAGUUCACCUAUAGUUCAGAACGAAGAGCUGCUAAAGACUCUUACAGACAAAAGUAGGCAGUGGUUCAGUCUUCUCCCAAGGACACCAUGUGAUGAUACAUCACUAACACACAUAGAUUCAUCUGGUUCUUUUUCUUCAGCCCCACAGUCCCGGAUUCAGUCCCAGCCCCCGUCACCUGCCCCGUCUCCAAUAGCAAAUUCUUCUUCUGUACAGAGUAGUAUGGGGUUAACUCCUUUUGCAUUGUCACCUCUUCAGAUAAAGACUGGAAUGCCUCUGAUGGGACUUCAGUUUUGUGGAUGGCCCUCGACAGUUGUUCCUGCAAAUCUUCAAUUCUCACCUUCAAUGUCUGUCCUGGGAUUAGGAUUAACAGAUGGAAAUGGUCAUUCUUUUCUUUCUCCAAAUAUCCAGUCAAGCAAAAGUGAAUCUCCAGUGCCACAGAGUGAUAAAUCAGCAUGCACACCUUCCUCUUCAGUUGAGUUACCAAAACCAGUAGAUUACCCUAGUCCACGACCUAUACCGGAAGAAAUGCAGUUUGGAUGGUGGAGAAUAACAGAUCCAGAAGAUCUGAAAUCUUUAUUAAAAGUGCUUCAUCUUAGAGGUAUAAGAGAGAAGUCUUUACAAAAGCAAAUUCAGAAGCAUUUGGAUUAUAUUACUCAUGGCUGUUUAAAAAAUAAAGAUGCUGCCUUAAUAGAAAUGAAUGGACAUAACGAAUAUCAUAUUACACGAGAUAUUGUAGAGAACUGGUCUGUGGAGGAACAGGAAAUGGAGAUAGACAUAAACAUUCUUCAGCAGGUUGAAGACCUUGAAAGGAGAAUUGCUUCAGCUAGUUUGCAAGUGAAGGGUUGGAUGUGUCCUGAGCCUGCCUCUGAGAGAGAAGACUUGGUAUAUUAUGAACAUAAGUCCGUUACAAAAUGGCAUUUGGAUCAUGAUGGUGAACAUUCCACAGAACAAGAAGAAAAUUCAAAUGCCAUAGAACGAAAGAGCGACAAUCCUAUAGAUAUAGCAGUAACCAGACUCAUUGACUUGGAGAGGAACAUAGAGAGAAGGUAUCUGAAGAGCCCCUUAAGUACCACCAUUCAGAUCAAACUGGAUAAUGUGGGCACAGUUACUGUCCCUGCUCCUGCACCAUCUAUUAGUGGUGAUGGUGACGGGACUGAAGAUGACAUUGCUCCAGGUCUUAAAGUUUGGAGGAAGGCACUGUCAGAGGCUCGGAGCGCAUCACAAGUAUCACUGUGUGUUCAGCAACUCCAAAAAUCAAUUGCAUGGGAAAAAUCUAUCAUGAAAGUUUUUUGCCAAAUCUGCCGCAAAGGGGAUAAUGAGGAAUUGUUGCUGCUUUGUGAUGGUUGUGAUAAAGGCUGUCAUACCUACUGCCACAGACCCAAAAUCACGGCUAUACCUGAAGGCGACUGGUUUUGUCCUGCUUGUAUUGCCAAGGCAAGUGGACAUACCCCAAAAGUGAAGAAAUCUAAUCUGAAAGGGAAAAAAAGUUCUGAGCCCAAGAAAGGCAAAAAGCUACCGUCAGAUACAAAUGAUGAGGAUCCUGCAAUCUUGCUAAACUCUGGGAAAAAAGGGAACAAAGACCCAAAAAAGAGGAAGGUUGAUGAAAAUAGCUUUAGCCCUUCAAAGCAAGAUAAUUCUCCCUCUGCUAAAAAAGCAAAACAAACCAAGGAUGACGUGAAAGAUCUUGCUUUGUGCAGUGCAAUCCUUUCAGAAAUGGAGUCCCAUGAGGAUGCAUGGCCUUUCCUACUUCCUGUAAACUUGAAACUUGUUCCUGGUUACAAAAAGGUUAUUAAGAAACCAAUGGAUUUUGCUACAAUACGAGAGAAGCUCAGCAGUGGACAGUAUCCUAACUUUGAAGCCUUUGCUCUAGAUGUCAGACUUGUCUUUAACAACUGUGAAACAUACAAUGAAGAUGAUUCAGACAUAGGUAGAGCUGGACACAAAAUGAGGAUACACUUUGAAAAAAGAUGGACAGAAAUUUUCAAUGUAAGCUGAAGCUUUUCUGAGAUCUUAGUUACAUGGACACCAAGACCAGCAAUGUGAAUGGUAUUUACACAGAGGUGCAAGAACUCUUUCAGUUCCUCGAAAACAGAUAUGUGCUAUCACGGGACGCAUUUUGAUAAAAAGUUCAUACCUAACAAAACCAUAAUCUUUGGUUUUUGGUCUAUGUGUUUUAUCAACUACUGUUAGGUAGUACAGGGAAGCACACCCAAAGAAUUUUAAAAUGGGGGUGUUAUAGUGCAAUAGCUAUUAAAAUAAAUCAUAACGCACUGAAUCUUCAACCACCAGAGCUGUACUGAGGGAAUGAACCAUCAUUUCCUUUCAAUAAAUAUCUCUAUUUUUUUUUAUUAUAUAUUUUGUUUGAUAUUUUUUUUAUUUUGUAGCUUUUUUUUAGUGAAUGUAUUUAAUUUUAAGAAUUAUUUAUGAUUGAAUAGUAAACAAAAACUUCGUUUUCUGUGAAAAGGAAGACUAGAAAAAAAAAUUGCUUUAAAUCUUGAAAAUACAAGAAUGUUAAAAAAAAACUUAAAACAAAGCCAAGUAAAACUGUUUACACUAACGUGCUGGGAAAAAAAGCACGGAAAUGGAACUUUCACUGUAGAGAUACAAGCGCAUUUAUAUAAAUAUACAUAUGUUGCUGCAUCACUGAUAUAGUUAAAUUGUAUUUCAAGAUGGUGAAGACAAACUGAAAAAUAUGUAUAUACUGUUCAUUAUUGUUUAUAUUAAGUCUUGUUAAAAUAUGUAUGAUGUGUACAUAUUGUUUGCAGACAUUUUCUAUGAUGUCGGCCUUAGAAGGAUUGUAGCAUUUAAUUUUAGUCUUCAGGUGAAUAUGAAACUAUAGCUUGUACAGUACCCUCUACCAACACUGUGGAGUCUCCCCAAUAUUGGUAGUGCCUGCCUUUAAAACAGGGUGUAGGGGAUAUUUAGGUUUCCAUUUUAUUUUCUAUUUUGUUAUAUUUCAUGCCAGCUAGGCCUAAAAUAAAGUAUAAUCAUUUGUAUCCAUGUGAAAUAAACUUGUGACAAUUUCCUACACACAGUAUUUUUUCAUAGUAACAUUUCCCUUCAUUUGCCUUGCCACAGAAAUAACAAUAAUACAAAGGCAUUUGUAACCACUGUGUUUUAUCUACUGUGAGUUAUGGUGGCCUGUCGGAGGCAAGAUCAGACAUUUUUUGUACCAAUUGUACUUGAAGUUGUUUUAUUUAAAACAAAAAUGUUGUGAAAAGGGUAGUUUUUUCACUAGUAUGUGUGGCACGGAUACAAUAAAAGACUGUUUUUCAAUA